UAGCAUGGCGGCCUAAGCGUGAAGACGCGUUUUUGUAGGGCUGUCCGUCAACUCAUGUCUUUUUGCGAAGGAGCGCUAGAAUAGUUUGCAAACAGUAGUGUUUUAAUGAAAAAGCGGAAGGAACGAGGUUCCAGUAGCUCUAGCGCCUCAACGGUAUCGCCCCAGCCAAAAAAGUUUAUGGAAGUAUUUGAGAAGGAAACAAUGGCGGAGAAAGGGGAAGUUAGCAAGUCUACUAAAAAGCAGCCAGUGACGCUUGAGUCAAUUUGGUUAGUCCUUUUAGAAGUUCAAGCAAACACCCAAGGUUUAAAGGAAGAAGUUGGGGACUUGAAGAGAGCAUUUAGUGUGCAGGAAGCGCAAAUAAAGGAUUUGGAGAAGAAGAGUGUGGCGCUAGACACGAGGGUCUCCACUCUCGGGAAACUUGUUGUUCGAGUUGAGGAAAACGCGGCGAAUGAAGAAUACAUAGAAAAGUUGAAAGCUAAGCUAGAUUCAUUGGAACAAUAUACCAGGAAGAACUCGAUAGAAAUAGCGGGGAUGCCGAGUGGCACUUUUUCAUGCGGGGAAGUCGUAAUAAAUAUGGCAAGAAUGUUGAAGGUGGAUAUCAAGACGGAGGAUAUUGGAAUUUCACAUCGGCUAGAGAAGAGGAAGCAAGACAAGUUCAGUCCUCUUAUCGCUAGGUUUAUCUGUCGCAAGAAAAAAGCGGCGUUCUUAAAAGCUAGGGAAGGCCUUAAAGAAGUACAGUACUGGGAGUUGGAUCUAGUCGGGCUGGAGAAACCAGCGUGCAUUGAUGCGAAGGUUUAUGGGCGCAUAUUUGUAAAUGAAAAUCUAACGCCAGCUAGAAGAAGGAUCUUGGGGAGAGCAUUGGCUAUGAGGAAGAAGAAGAUGCUGUUCAGUGCUUGGUCGCUAGACGGAAAGAUUUUCAUCAAGAGGUCAGAACAAGGGAUGGUUGAAAAAGUCGAGUCUCUGCAAGCCCUGGACGCAGCUUGAGAACGGUACAAAAUGCAGAAUUACUGUGCGAUAUUAUCCCAGCACCCUCGACGGAUCAUUCGGCGGUUACCAUAGAAUUUAAGGCUGACGGUAACGUUAGAAGAGGGCCAUCCUUUUGGAAAUUUAAUAAUUCCUUAUUGAAAACAGUGGUUUACGUAAAUGAGUUAACUAAAUGCAUAGAUAUUUGGAAACAAGAGUUAGUUGAAGAAGGAAUUGAUAAUUCGCA